AUGACCUCGCCCUCUUUAUUUCAUCCUCUUUCGUACGGUCAGCAUGUCGUAAAGCCAAAAUCCACAUAGAAGAUGUGAAUAAUACUACUUUCCGUUGUCUAAACAAAACAACAACUAAUAACUUAAUUAGAAGAAUCGUAAAGAUCACAUGAUGUUUCUUAACUGUUAGCCAAUAGUGCUAUCGUUGCCAAACGACAACUUCAGUUCCGAACGCCUGGUCACAGGAUCGCACCACUUCUCAUGAUGAGUAACUUCACCUCUUGCAUGGAACCUCACUCCCUUAUUUCUUCCAUUUUAAAGCCCAUUUUCAUAUUGGAGUUCAUUUUUGGGUUACCUGGAAAUGUGUUUGCUGUGUGGAUUUUAUUUUUCAAGUCUCCAUGGAAAGCCUGCAAUGUGUAUCUCUUCAGCCUGGUAAUAUCUGACCUCCUACUCCUCACUGGGAUGCCUUUCCGCAUCGAUUAUUUUUUUCGUGGUGAAGACUGGAUAUUUGGCGAAUCCACUUGCCGCCUUGUUUUAGAUGUCAUAUCAGUAAACUCCUCAGCAAGCGUGGCUUUCAUGACAAUUUUAGCCGUAGACCGUUUCUUCAGGAUCCUUCACCCACACCACCGUAUUUGUCGAAUGAAUGUGAAACAAGGAUUAAUGUUGUCUAGCAUGACUUGGGUGAUUGUUCUUCUCCUUCGUCUUCCAUCUGCACUCAGCCCGGUCCUCACGUCACAGAAAAACUCCUCAAAGCUCACAUGCCACAGUUUCCUCUCAUGGACCUCACCAUCGGUUCAGAUGAGAAUAUAUAAUUCAAUACAGCUAAUAGAGGUCCUGGUGGCUUUCACGUUGGUGGUUUUCUGCUUUGUGCGUGUUUUCUCUCACACUAACAUUCGCCAGACUAAGGGGCCGCACCGCAGGGUGAAGAGGGCUGUGAGAUUGCUUUUCAUUUUUGUGAUCAUCUUUGUUCUCUGUUUCCUACCUACAGUCAUCUUUGGCAACUUCCUUCAAGUGUUUUCUUGCUCUGAAUCCCUCAUUGUGUGUCUCCAUGCCUCUUUAGCUUUAUCCUACACGAACAGUGCGCUGGAUCCAGUCAUCUACUGCCACAUUAACGCUUGGUUCCGUGACACCCUGAAAGGCAAAUCCAACUCAUUGGGAAUGACGAAGUUUAAGAUGAGUGCGAAGACAAACAAAAAACCUUGAUCUCUUUGAGGAACUGAGGAAAUUAAAACAUGUUUAACUUAAGCACAAAAUAUACUUCUCUUUUUAUGUGUAAACAUGGGUGACUAUAGAAUACACAAGACAUGUCAUUCGUAUAGUUUUGAAUGGGGAAAAGUGUAACGGUCAAUAUGGUAUGAAGCCCCGCCUACUAGUACAGGAGCCAAUCAUUGAUUGCUAUAGACUGAGGACUCUCCGGGGAGAAGCUUGUAUCAGGCGUGUGCUUUUACAACAGUUUGACAGUGGUCAACAAACAUGCUGGAAUCUCACAGGCAUAAGAAAUAUAUUCACAUGAAGCUUGAAGUCUGUACUUUUAAAUGAACCAAGUGCACUUGAUAACAACAGUUUUUUGGUUUUGUAAUUGGCAUUAAACGAACGCGAGGUACAGUCAGUCCUGUCAAAAGCACAUCACAUGACAGCAACUACUCAACCACCCACAAACUUGUAAACAAAGAGUUACUGUCAUUUUAUUUCAGAAGAGCAGCGCGAUCAGACGAUCAUUACCCAGAGGAUGUUAAUAUGUAGAACAGCUAUAAAUGAGGUUGGUGUCGUGAUCUCGAUCCUUUUGAGCAGGGGUGGGCAAACUUAGUCCUGGAGGGCCGGUGUCCUGCAAAGUUUAGCUCCAACUCUAAUCAAACACACCUGCUUAUGGAUUUCUAGCGAUCUUGGAGACACUGAUUAGCUUGUUCAGGUGUGUUUGAUUAGUGUUGGAGCUAAACUGUGCAGGACACCGGCCCUCCAGGACCGAGUUUGCCCACCCCUGCUUUUGAGUGUGCAUGCGCAUUAGCUUGGGCAACCUGAAAAUAUGCCGAUUUUAUCUGAAUCAGACAUUUAGAAAUGAAACUUAUGAGACAGAUGUUGUUUGAUUCUAUUGGUGGUUCCAAAUACGUAAUGUAAUCGUAAGCUUGGCAAACAGCCUUGGAGACAGAAAACUGUUCGACAGAAAACAAUUCAGACAGAAUGCCCGUGCAUACUGCCUGAGAGGCGUUUCAAAGAUGGCCUUCAAGUGAAAUGACUUGCCUUAAAGAAACUUUGGCGGACCUUACUGGAUUAAGUUGACUUCUGAAAUCUGAUACUGAUAGCCUUGUGUGGUUGACCACAUAAAGCAGGUGUUCUUGAUUUAAAAAUUCCAAUGUAGGUCUCUUUUUUAAAAUUUACUAACGUUAAAAUAGGAUCCAAAUCCCAGUGAUUUUGAGGCCGCAACGUGACGUAAGAGUGCGGUUUACCCUCCCACCGAAUUGAUUGACAGGCACCAUGUUUCUAUAAUAACAUGUAUACACAUGUCCACAGAGCAUUUGUUUUUUGCAAAUAAACUGAGAUUAAAACAUU